GUCUUAUUAGAACAGAAAUACUUUUUUUGUUUUUUGUUUUUUUUUACAUCAUGUGUGUACAUACUACAUAAAUACGUGUUUUCUUUUUAUACUUCUAGUUUAUUAAGUGGCCGGAUAUCAACACUUAAAGAUGAGACUGGAGCGAUCUUCAUUGACAGAGACCCGUCUCUGUUUGCUCCUAUUCUCAACUUCCUGCGCACUAAAGAGCUUCACCCCAGGUCCAUAGAUGUGCACUUAUUAAUGCACGAGGCAGAGUUCUAUGGGAUCACGCCGCUGGGUGAGAGCAGGCUGUGCUGGGAUUAUCCUGAUGCUUUUGAGCCACAUAUUAAAUUGCAUGCUGAUUAAAUGGUGGUUUCCACUG